AUGGAAGCUGGGUACCCUAGGUACCUCCUCUACGGCCUCCUCAUCCUGGGGUCAUGGCUCGUCUCCUUCAGCCUCCACUUCCAGUUCGUUCACAUCUACCUCUUGUCCUCUGAACCCCGCUCAGGACCGGCGCUCGUCGUCCUCCGGCCCUCGGUUCCCAUCGCGCUCGACGCCACCUUGCCUCGAGCUCCCUCAACCAUCGGGGCCGAUGAGAAUGGCCGCCCUUCGUCUGUGGCAUCGUCGCCGGCGUCCUGCGAAGGGAGGUACGUGUACAUGCUAGAUGUGCCUUCCCGGUUCGAUGUUCUCAGCGGCUGCGUCGAGGGCGCUCCGGCGUUUCAGGACGAGUACAGCAUGUGCUCCCUCUUGGUCAAUGCUGGCAUGGGCCCCGUGCUCCCUCCCGCCACCGGCGAUGGCAGUGACGGUGACACCGGCGUCAUCCCCCAGACCGGAUGGUACAACACGUACCAGUACGCCCUGGAGGUGAUCGUCCACAACCGUAUGCGGCGGUACGAGUGCCUCACCGACGACCCGGCGGCAGCCACGGCGGUGUACGUGCCCUACUACCCAGCGCUGGAGCUCCAAGAGCAUAUCUGCGACCUCAAUUACACGGUGCGCAGCGGUCCCUCCUCCGAGUUCCUCCGGUGGCUGUCGUCGCGGCCGCAGUGGGCGGCCUUCGGGGGCCGCGACCACUUCAUGGUCGCCGCCAAGACCAGCUGGAUGUUCCGCAAGGACGCGACUGGGGCGUGCGGCAACGACUUUCUCGAGCACCCCGAGUCCGGCAACAUGACGGUGCUGACCUACGAGUCCAACAUCUGGGAGCCGCGCAACAGGGAAUACGCCGUGCCGUACCCAAGCUACUUCCACCCCAAGUCUGCCGGCGAGGUGGCCGCGUGGCAGGACCGCGCCCGCGCUGCGGAGCGGCCAUGGCUCUUUGCCUUCACCGGCGCGAGGCGCGCCAACGGGACGCUGGUCAUCCGCGACCGCAUCAUGGAUUCCUGCGCGUCAUCGAGCCGGUGCCGGCUUGUCGACUGCAGCCACGGCAUACAGGGCAGCAAGACCUGCCAGUCGCCGCGGACGGUCGUCUCCGCCUUCGCCGCCUCCCGCUUCUGCCUGCAGCCGAGAGGCGACUCCUUCAUGCGCCGCUCCUCGGUGGACGCUAUAAUGGCCGGGUGCAUCCCCGUCUUCUUCCACGAGGGCUCCACCUUCCAGAAGCAGUACCGGUGGCACCACCCGGACCCGGACGGCAGCGACCGCCGGUACUCGGUGCUCAUGGACGCCGACGAAAUCCUGGAAGGCAAGGUGGAUAUCGAGGAGGUGCUGGCUAGCUACACAGACGAGGAGGUGGCCGCCAUGAGGGAAGAGGUCAUCAAGAUGAUCCCGAGGUUCCUGUACGAGGACCCCAGGGCGAGGUUCCACGGGGACAUGAGGGAUGCGUUCGACAUCUCCUUCGAUGCGGUAAUGGGGAGAGUGAGCAGGAUCAAGAACGGCGAGGAUUUGGGAUAG